GAUCAGUGUGAGCGAUGUGAGGUUGAAGUUCACAGGAAUAAUUUGGGGCAGUAAUAAAAUUCAGAACGUGUCACAGGAUGAAGAGGAGGAGCAGAAAGGCAUGAUGGGUACUCCUGCUCCUUUAACAAGCACCUCAGUGCAAAAACAAGCAUGUGGACUGCAUGAAGUAAGAGGAGGAGGAGGGGUGGAGGCAAUGCUGUAGGAGCACAGGGAGGUGGAUGAGCUUGGGUCGGGUGUGUUUGUAUGGCAGGGAUCAGCUCCACUAAUGGCUAGCACAGCUUUGAGGAGCCUGUCAGAUCCUCUGAUCCCUGAAGACCUCGCAGACAUGAUGGAAGCAGGUGCAGGUACAGCUUCACAGUAUGGGGAGGAGGAGGUGUGUUCGGACCGUCUGGACACCGACUUCCCGGACAUUGACCUCUCCCAGCUGGACACCAGCGACUUUGACAGCGUCAACUGCCUCAGCGAGCUGCAGUGGUGCAACGAUCAGUCGGCCAACGCGUCGCCGGCCUCCAUUCACUACAGCACAGCAGACGAGCUGUUCGAGAUAGAAGAGGAGAACGCGGCUCUGCUCGCCGCUCUCACCGACAGUUUGGAUGGGAUUGUGGAUGCCGAGGUGGGUGGACUCUCUGUGUUCCCCGCCCUGGGGGAGGAGCCCAGCCAAGAAGAGGAAGAUGGUCUUUCUCUCAGCGCCGAGGACUUCAGCCAGCCUCUGGGGUCCGAGACCGAGGACCCGUCUCUGCUGAAGAAGCUGCUGCUGACGCCUCCCAACAUGCCUGCAGGCAUGGACGUGCACAAAGAGGGCGUGAAUGGCCAUCGCUACUGCAACAGAAGCUUGCGCCUUCGUCCGGUCAGGCCUCUGCUGAAGAGUGACGUCCCUCAGGAGAGGAAACCCCGGGCGGUGCGUCCCGCUGGGCGUCUGUGCACAGAGCUUCACCGCCACCUCACCACCACGGAGGACACUGCGGCUCCUGACACGGAGGAGGAGGACGAGGAAGAGGAGGACGAGGACAGUGAGUCUGAGGAGGAAGAAGAGGAGGAGGAGUCCUCCAGCAGUGAAGCGGAGGGAGCGGCAAGCGUGGCCGCUGCCCCCGUUGAGGCACCGAAGCCUCAGUUCAGCUCAGAGAAGGAGCUGCAGUCUGUGGUGGAGUUGAUCAGGUACAUGCACACCUACUGCCUGCCCUCGCGCAAGCAGCAGGGCUGGGAUCGUAAGGACCGUGACCUGCUGCGGUCCCGGGCCCGACCUGAGGCCCCCCGCUCACCUGCCACAACCUCUCACAGUAGAGUGGUACUGGUGGCUGGUCCCGGGACCGGCGGGGGCUUGACUGGGUCAGCCAGCACCGCCACCAGGAAGCUCCCCUUCGCUCGGCGAAGGGAGAUGAAGGCAGACUCCCUUCUCCGCACGCUCUUGCAGCAGAGCAGCUCUUUUGACGUGAGCAAGCCUUACAGACUGCACCGCCCACCCUACUCUCUCAGCCCCGACCGAACGGGAGAACCCGCUCCCUCAGGCCCGGCCCAAAUCCCCACCUCCGCCAACCCCAAGCCAGACCUUGAGACCCCUGAGAGGAGAAGCCACUCCUCUGAGCCACCACGAAGCCUGGAGAAGACUGCAGACUGCAGCGGCUCCUUCUCAGUUCGGCGCUCACGCCGGCUGGCAUCGUUUCCCAGCCGCUUUGCCAAAAGGCUGCGGCCUGAACAGGCCAGGGAAGAAGACAGGAAGGAGGGACGGGUGGGGCUCAAACUGCCGCCCACCCAAGCUGGAGGGGAAAGCGCGACGGAGACGUUGAGGGGAAAGCUAACGUCCAGUGAGCUGAGUCACCCCUGCUGCCACGAAAAGCCAGCCUGCCUGUGUCUGCCUCUCAACACAAAGUCUGCAGGAGAGUCCCAGUACAGCACCAAGGCCUUUGAGCAGACGCUCAGCGUGGACCUGUGCGGAACGGCGGGUCUCACCCCUCCCACGACUCCGCCUCACAAGCCCGUGGAAGACGAGCUGUUCAAGCCGGCCGACGGAGGAAAAGGUGGAGGUGGCGGAAGCGAGCCCGCCCACCUGGCUUCAAACAGCAGCGCUGCCGUAAAGACCUCGUCCUGGGCGAGCCGGGCUCACCACCAGCGGAAGCUGCCAGAGCAGACGGAGCUAUACGCUCAGCUGAGGCGCAUGGGUCAGGCCAGCGAGACUGACGCCCACCGUGGCUUUGGUGACCAUGACUACUGUCUGCUGAGCCUCGGCGAGAGCCGCAAGCGUAGCGCUGCCAUCUUUGGCGCCAUGUUACAGGGACGAGCAGAGAGCGAGAGAGUCGGUGCUCCAACUCCCAGAGUGGCCGAGGAGGAGCGGGAAGGGAAGGAGAGCGAAGACGGGCUGGUGCACCCGGAGGCUGCAGAGCCGCGGGAGCAGCUGACAUCGUCAUCGUCACCCCCAUCAGACCGCCAGUCGGACGCUGCCACGCCGCCAGCUUCUGAAGAAGAGGCAGAGGGCUCGUCGGUGUCUCGCUCGCCCUCGCCCAUCCCCCACCUGUGCCCCAACUCUCCCUCCAGCAAGAAAGACUCCAGUGAGAACUCGGAGAUUUGUCCUGACGACACGCAGAGGAUCAAAGCCAAUCCUGACGAGGACAACUGCCAGGUGUUUUACAUCCACAACCUGCCGAGCAGCGUGACCCAGAACAUGCUGAGGAAACGCUUUCAGAUUUUCGGCAAAGCAGAGGACUGCAAAGUCAUCAUCUGCAACGAGGAGCGUUGCGGGGUGAUAAAGAUCCGCUCAUCGGGCGUUCAGAAGCACUGGAGAGAGCGGGAAGGUGUUUUCCAGAACGGACCGGUGAGCCCGCGGAGGCUGACGAGGAAGCGCUACAUAGACCUCGAUGAGGCAGGUCCCGGCCCGGUCAAGAGCAAGUACGACGCAAUGGACUUUGACACUUUGCUGAAGGAGGCCCAAAAGUCCCUGCACCGCUGAUAGUAGAGGUCCACCGUCUGGCCAGCCUUAGUAAAGAGCAUCAGCCCUGCAGCGACGCGGCUCUGCCCUCAGACUGACUCCUGGUUCCUCCUCACAAGACGACCUCGCGAAAUGUUUACAUUUUUACCGUUGGAAUAAACAAUGAGGACCUCGUUUUUUUAAGUUCUUUCACCGGAGGACACUGCUCAUAAACGAGGCGCCGCUGGGACCGCAGAGCGGUGCAGGGUCACUUCAGAGAGAUCGCUUCUGUGCUGCUUUCUUGUCUGCACUGGGAUGCCGUCGCCUCGCUGUGGACAAGCGGGCGUGAGAGACCCAGUAGCAGAUCCUUGCUAUCCCUGCGUGGCGUUGGUUGUUGUGGUGUGUGUCCCCAUGUGUUCGUUGUUCUGUUUGUUUUGUAAAAAAAGAGAAAUGCCCCUCUGAGGUCACGACAGGCGAGUACGAGCUGCAUUUGCUCGUGCAGUCGCAUAACCCCAAAAAAGAACCUGCUUUGUUUCAACGACAAAUUGUGGAUGUUAUUAAUUUUAAAAUUACUGUGUGUGUGUGUGUGUUAUGGACAAAGAAUAUAAGAAAACGUUUAAUGUAAUUAUUUUAUGACUGAGAAAGUUUACAAAUCUAAUAUGAAGAAAAAAAAAAUCAUGUUUUUUCCUUUUUGUAAUUGUAGUGCUUCCUUGAUUUGAUCUAUGCACUGUAAGGACGCACCUGUUUCUGCUGUCCCUCCCUCCGAUCUCCGCCAUGCUGACGUUACGGCUGCUGCUGCUGCUGCUUCACACACGAAGGCUUUCGGGAUUUGGGAAAAGUGUUCCCGCACUCGUUCACACGCACUGAAAUAAGAUGUGAGUUUACUUGAACGCCUGGAGGCGUGGCCUGAGAUGGAGGCAUAGGCACAGAUUAGUUUGCCCACAUCCAUCAGAACCAGGACGAAAGUUGGAAACACUUUUCCCAGAUCUUAGAGCCUCCCUGUCUCCCUGAUGGGAGCCCCCCAACCGCCAAUUCAACCGUUACUGUUUACAUCUGGACAGCAGCAAGCGUGAGGAAAAUGGAGAGCGCUCUGUACAAAUCCAGCACUUUGUCCAGUAUUCACCCCUUGAAGCUGCUCAUCAGCCCUGUGGGGCCAAGAGCUGCCCGCGGGUCACGUGUGUGGGCCGGCCGCGGCGCGAGCCUUGCCCUCGACAGCACGCAGAAGGAUCGGCUGGUCUCGUGGAAUGUAUUCGAGGACCUGAAUGUAAUCGUGGCGUUUUCCCCGUUUCUGCUCGCCCAAAGAUUGUGGAGCUCUCCGGUGCUUUAAAAGGCUACACUGGCAGGGCUGCGUGAGCCGCUCCGGCCUCAGCGGUCGUCCGCUUGCGGCCGAUUUACAUUCCCUGCGCAGCUAGCAGCAGCAGCACCCCGUCAAAGGGAGAGAGCCUCCACAGCUGACGGCGAGGUGGCAUGAUAUGGCCCGAGGACGAGCAAGGGGCCGGCCGAAAGGGAAGGAACAGAGCGGGGGUUUCCCGCCUGCUUCAGAUGAGCAUCUCUACCUCACAUCCAUCCGCCCCCGCCCUUUGUCUGUGUACGCUCUCCCCCUCCUCUUUUAUAAGUGUCUGUCACUGGUUUCUUUGCUCUGUGUUUUCGGUGUGGGGCUUUUCUUUGCUGAUGGGCAGUGUGGGUGGGUUUCUUUUAAUACUGCGACUCCUACCACUACUAGCCACGAUGGGGGGCUACUCUCUGUGUCCGGGGCCGCCUCACGGCGGUCCUCGGCGUGUCUGUUUCUUCGAGUCUCGACCGUGUCCUCGUGUAGCUGAGUGUUUCGUCUUCGUCUCGUGUUUAAGUUGGACACUACUGAUGCUAACCCUAACCUGGGCCGGGCCAGGGGGGCGGAGCAGGUCAGGUUACCCAUCUUUCCCUCGUUCUUCCUCGGGAAUGCGCCCAAUCCUGAUCUGCUCAUCCUCGCUCCCGGCCCGACUCUCUCUCUCUCUCUCUCGCUCUCUCUCUUUGGGUUUGAGGGUUCCGGGCCUUCCCCAGACUCCUCCCACUUCUUUCCCCUUCCUCUUCCUUUCUCUAUCUAAUCGACUUGUUGGUAACACACAAAAAAUUGAAUGUUUACAUCACUUGAUUCUUGUCUGACUUUAUUAGGAACGCACACUAAGUACAAAGGCGCCUUAUUCAGUGUUUCAAACUAAAACAACAGCAAGCAAAGUGUCCCGGGGGGGCCGCACCCCUCCCCCAAGGCUCACUGAUGUCCAAAACGUAUACAUACUGAUGGAGGAACAAGAACCCCUGAAUGAGUAUUUGUGCUUAGUAUGUAUACUACUCAAAAGUGAGAGAAUGUGCUGGUUUACAUGUUAAAAAGAAAUAUAUGAGUAUAUAAUGUGUACAUAGCACUAUGCCUCAUUGUAAACAUAAAAUGUAUUGUGUGUUUUUGUAAAGGUGGUGGGUCACUGUUGAUUCUGAAUCAGGCGGGAGGUGCUGGUUUGGGUCGGGGAGGAAAUCCAACACUGUAGUUCCCUUUAGUCCGUCACACUAGCACGUCCCAUUUCUUUGCUGUUUAUGAAACGAUUCGUUUUGUUUUCAGUUUUCUGAAAAAGCAAUUUAAGAUGCAAUACGUAAUAAUCUUCUGAUUACAGCCAUCCUCACAUCCUGAGGAAAUAAUGUGUGUGGGUAGUGCUGAGGUGUACUGCCGGGAUGCUCUGUGCGCAGACCGCAGCGGGAGAAAAGCGGUGCGUCGUGAAUGGCCAUCUGAAUUUACUCUUGCACAAAAUUGUCACAAACGGUGAAACGGCGUUUCCCAUCAAAGAGCCAAUGGGAAGGAGUUUCUGUCGUGUGUCAGCAGCAGCCGAUCCACACCGCGACCAGAACACGGGAUGUGAGAGGGGGGAAACAAAAGGAAGCUGUCGCCGGUUUGACCCUGUUAAAUAUCUGCACCCCCCCCGCAGAGGCACAGGUGUGUGGGCGGAGUUUCUGGCUGAGGUUUCCGCCCUGCUUUUAAUUUGAAAAUCUGAGACCGAGAGGGGUUUCUGCAGUCAGUCCUCCAGGUGAACAUCAGCUACCCCCGUCUCCAAACGGCAAGCCUUAAAAACCAGCCGGGGGAACCACUAGCUUUUAUUAUUACUGUUUAACCUCCUUUCCAAUCCAAUGUGGUUUAUUAUUAAAUAAUUACUGACGUAAUUACAACUUUUUUCAAUAGCCAUAUUAUAAAAAAUAUAUACAUAUAUAUGAAUAUAUAUUUGUGUGUUUGUGUAGAUAUCUAGAUGAUUAUAUACUUUCUUAUAGAAAACUUUGAUGUUGAUCAUUCUCCUGAGUGUUUUGAGAACACAUUUCAGCAUACAUACAUAUAUAUAUAUAUAAAAGUGCUGUCUGCCUGGUCUAGGUCCUAGGUCAGCAGGCAGCAAAUCCAAAUAAUUUUAAAAAAAAAACCUUCCAAAGGGAAUACCCUCGUCACAAUGCAAUACCUUUCUUUCCACUCUUCCUUUCAGAAAAAUGGGAAAUGGCAAGAAAAAUCAUUUGUUAGGCAGGUUAACCAAAAAAAUUUUAAAAAAUCUUCAGUAAUAAAGAGCUUGGCUCGCAGCUCGUGGAAAAACACGUAACGUCUUGGGUUUUCUACGUUGGCGACGCCGUGGCCAUUUAAAAAAAAAAAAAAAA